ACAAGGACAUUCACCAGUCAGUUGUGUUAUGGUUGUGCUGAGGCAUCCUAUGGAGGUAGGUGAUAUUGUUGAAGGGGACUGGCGGAAAACCUCACAUUUCCGGUUGGAAAAGUGAUGAUUUUCGUUGGAAAGGAUCAUUUCGAGGAUUCCUGGUGGUGUUUGAAGUAUACAGAUAUUUUUACUUUAUUUAAAAUUAUACACUGUGUCCGAGAUAAGUUGAAGUUAAUUGGAAUUUUUCGACGUCUCGUAAAAAAUACCCAGAUGUGUCACCUUUAUCGGAGAGGAUACACCAUUUAGAUGUUAGUAACGAUCAAAUCGUAUGGUGGCGCCACCGUAGCGGCAGUACUCGACUACCAUACCUUCGACAUUCUCAACAUACGCAGACCGGGCAACGACAUCAGGGACAACAGUGUUGUCAAUACUUAAACCAAUUAGACCGGCCAGCAAGGAUGGCUGUCGAAGCAGCCAAGUACCAGAUUAAUAGGGUAUUCAACGACGAUGAGGCACCCAUUAACAAAAAACUCCCAAAAGAGCUCCUGUUGCGCAUUUUCUCCUACCUAGACGUGGUAUCUCUAUGUCGUUGCGCUCAAGUGUCCAAAGCUUGGAACGUCCUGGCACUGGACGGUUCGAACUGGCAAAAGAUCGAUCUUUUCGAUUUCCAGAAAGACGUGGAGGGACCCGUUAUCGAGAAUAUAUCGCGCAGGUGCGGUGGAUUCUUGCGAAAACUCUCUUUGAGAGGUUGCCAGUCCAUAGCGGACGGCUCAAUGAAAACCCUGGCUCAACUGUGCUCGAACAUUGAAGAUCUCAAUUUGAAUGACUGCAAAAAAAUAACCGACUCGACAUGCAACGUCCUCUCGCGACACUGUUCCAAACUGCAAAAACUGAAUCUGGACGGCUGUUCUGUUAUUACAGACCACGCCCUAAAAGCUUUGAGCGACGGAUGUCCAAACUUGACCCAUAUCAACGUCAGUUGGUGCGGAAACGUCACAGAAAAUGGGGUGGAAGCGUUGGCAAGAGGAUGCCCUAAGCUGAAGAGUUUUAUAAGUAAGGGCUGUAAGCAUAUCACUUCAAGGGCCGUCAUAUGUCUAGCAAGAUACUGUAAUCAGUUAGAAGUGGUGAAUUUAUUAGAAUGUGGUAACAUAAGAGAUGAAGCUGUCCAGGCUCUUGCUGAGAAAUGUCCCAAACUGCACUACCUAUGUCUUUCGAGUUGCUCAGCUCUGACAGACGCCUCUCUGAUCGCUUUAGCUCAACAAUGCACCAUGCUCAGCACUCUAGAAGUGGCCGGAUGCUCUCAGUUUACAGAUGCCGGUUUUCAAGCUUUGGCGAGGAGCUGCCGGUAUUUAGAGAAAAUGGACUUAGACGAGUGUGUUCACAUCACUGAUGCCACUCUCAUUCAUCUUGCCAUGGGUUGUCCUAGAAUAGAAUAUUUGUCUUUGUCUCACUGUGAACUGAUCACUGACGAGGGAAUACGUCAUUUAUCCAUGUCGCCAUGCGCAGCUGAAAAUUUAACAGUUUUAGAACUAGAUAAUUGUCCUUUGGUUACAGACGCAUCGUUGGAGCAUCUAACUUCUUGUCAUAACUUACAAAGGGUCGAAUUAUAUGACUGUCAAUUGAUAACCAGAAUGGGCAUAAGAAGACUGAAGAAUCAUUUGCCCAACAUCAAAGUGCACGCCUACUUUGCUCCCGUGACACCACCGCCCACUGGUGGGACUUCUCGUCAACGUUACUGUCGUUGUUGCGUCAUACUCUGAGGCCGACGCCCCUCUAUGAGGUCCCCACCACCAACUUAGUCAUAAGAAAAAAAAGCAGCUACACCAGGCAGUGCUGUACAGGAUGUUCCACUAAGAAUAGAUCUCGGCUGUAUUGGACAGUAUUAAGCUUGAUUUUCAUGCAUCCGUUAUCCCACGAUACGUUGAUAUGAUAUUAAUUUUAUUGGUUGAAUUUAAAGACUUUGAUUGGUUAGAA